AUGCCCACGACACAGGCGCCUGCACCAGAAGCGGACACCCCAAAGACGGUCAGACUGCACAUCACCCCGCUCAAGCCUGAGCUGCUCAAGGUCUACCUCGCGCCCUCCGUCUUACCGCUCGCGCGCAACGUCUCCUACCACACCGUCCACACGUUUCCCGAAAAGGGCUACGGCUACGUCGAGCUGCCCGAGCAGGAGGCGCAGAAGAUCAGGAAAAAGCUCAACGGCACCACGCUCAAAGGCUCCAAGGUGCGCAUCGAAAUGGCCAAGCCAGAGAAGCGCAAGGUGCGCGAAGAGGCAGACGCCGCGCCCGAGGACAAGCCGUCCAAGCGCGCAAAGAAGGAGAAGAAAGACAAGUCGGAGAGGAGGAAGCGGGACCCGGGUGUCUUUGACGGUGUAGAGCUGCCAGACGACCGCAAGGUCAAACGCGGCUGGACCGAGCCCGCGUCCGCCAAGAGCAGGAGCAAAGACAAAAAGGACAAGAAGAGCAAGGACGACAAGCACCAGCCAAAGCCCUCAAAGUACACAAAGGAGCCCGAGCUGCUCUUCAAGGCAAAGCUCGAGCCCGUUGCUGCGACCGAGCACUCGCGCAGGGAGAAGAAAAAGGACAAGAAGGAGAAGAAGGAGAGGAAGACCAGGACAAAGGAGGUGAUUGUGCAUGAAUUCGAGAAGAACACAAAAACGCCCUCUUUCCUCAAGGUAGCCAAGGUCUCGACAGAGAAGAAGCCGCCCGUCGAGUACGUGAACGGGCUGGGAUGGGUGGACGAGGACGGCGCCGUGGUCGAGCCGGAGACGAAGAAGGCGGCCCACAGCAGAGUGUUGCAGCUUGUCGACGGACAGCAAUUGGUCGAGCCGCCGCCUACAGACUCACAGGGACGGCCGAUCGUCAGGCCUGCACCGCCUCCCACCGACUCCCAGGGCCGACCGCUCAAGCCGGCGAAGAAACAGAAGCCGAACAAGGCCACGCCGCCGCCCGAGUCGGACGCAGAGUCGGAUGCAGAGUCAUCUGUUGUAUCAUCGUCCUCUGAAGAUGAGCCCGAGUCUGAGUCCGAUUCCGAGUCCGAGAGCGAAGACGACGAUAAAGAUAAAGACGACGGAGCCUCGCCCACGCCCUCCCCCGUGCAGAGCAAAUCUGUGCCGAAAACAUCGCAGCCCACCUCUGAACCAUCGCCAGCACCCACAUCCGCCGAGUCCAAACAAGUCCACCCUCUAGAAGCACUCUUCAAACGCGCCCCUCCCACCUCUCUCAGCACACCGACAAAACCCCCACCAAUCAACACCUCCUUCUCCUUCUUCGACAACGAAACCACAUCGCCCUCGGCACCCGCUGCGUCCACCGAGACAACCGAAGGCGCACCCACCACGCCCUUCACGCAGCGCGACCUCGAGUGGCGCGGCCUCCGCAGCUCCGCCCCAACCCCCGACACCGCCGCCAUCGGCCGCCGCUUCUCCUUCCACUGGCGCAAAGGCAGCCACGAGGCCGACGAAGCCUCAGACGAAGAAAUAAGCGACGUCGACGCCGGCGAGCAAGCCCAGCUCGAUCUCAACACGCGCGCCAACACGCAAUCAAAGACCCUCGCCGACGUGGCCGAGGAGGAGGAGGAGAACGCUGCGGUAGACGUUGCUGUCGACGACAAGCCCGAGAGCGAGUUCCGCAAGUGGUUCUGGGAGAAUCGCGGCGAUAUUAACCGCGCGUGGAAGAAGCGGAGACGCGAGGCGCUCAAGGCCAAGCGCCACGCUGAUAACCGCAAGAUGACGGGCGGGCGGCAGGUUAGGUGA